GCUUCACUCACAUUUCCUCUUUUCUGGGAAGCUACCCUCAAUUCUUUCCCUCUACUUCAGGAAUGAAGAAGUGCCCAUUCUUCGUGCUCUUAUAGUGUCCUCCAAAUGUUGUAAAAGUAUUGACACUGGACUGUAAUUUUUGGUCUGUCUCCUGCUAGGUUGGAGACUGAAAGACUAUAAUUACCAUGUAGAAGAAUUUUUUGGUCACAGAAUAUAAAAACAGCUACUGUUAUCUCUGUGAGUAAAAAAGAAAAAAAAAGAUAAGAUUCUGAGCAAUUAAAUGUUUAGGGAAUAUAUUUUCUUUUACAUUUUUCAGUUCCAAGGUGCAGAGCUUUGAAGGAAAUGGAUUUAAUUAAGACGUCUUGGUCAGACUGUUACUGCUACUAUCAGAAUUCCCAAAUUGAGUGGAAAUACAUAUGGUCAACUCUGCAGGUGAAAAUUGCCAGUUCGGGCCUGCUUAGUAUUGUAUAUAUCACAGAAAGACAUAAUUGCCAGGAUCCAGAAACCAUUCUAUCUGUUAUCCAUUGUGCAAUUUAUAAAUUUUGGACACCAAAUGAGUCUCAUGAAAUAACUUUAAACAUCAGUCCGUAUGGGGAGACUGUGUGCUUCUCUGUGAAGCCUGUCAGAAAUUAUACAAUACACGUGAAUCGAAACAUUGUGGAUUUCAGACUCUUCCUUGUAUUUGUGGGAGGCGUUUUCCUCUUCUUUUAUGCAAAGACCUUGAGUCAAAGCCCUACUUUCUAUUACUCUUCGGGGACUAUGCUAGGUAUUCUAAUGACAUUAGUCUUUCUCCUGCUGCUGGUGAAAAGGUUAAUCCCUAAGUAUAGCACCUUUUGGGCUUUAAUGGUUGGUUGUUGGUUUGCUUCAGUUUAUGUGGUGUGCCAGUUGAUGGAAAAUCUGAAGUGGCUGUGGUAUGAAAACAGAAUAUAUGUAUUAGGCUAUGUCUUGGUCGUUGGAUUACUCAGCUUUGCUGUCUGUUAUAAACACGGGCCCCUUGUUGAUGAGAGGAGCACACGUCUCCUGAUGUGGACACUGCAGCUCCUCUCCCUGUGUCUGAUCUACUCGGGGGCCACUGUGCCUCAGUUCGCAUACGCAGUCAUGGGCCUCAUCCUGCUGUCCCGGGGUCUGCACUACCCAGAGAGAGCAUUCAGGUAUAUGAGGUGGAAAAUGAAGAAAUGGUUUACGUCAAGAAAGCUGGCAGUUAAGUAUCUUACUGAAGAUGAAUACAGGGAACAAGCUGAUGCAGAAACCACCAGUGCUUUGGAGGAACUGCGCCAAGCCUGCCGCAGACCCGACUUCCCAUCCUGGCUGGCCAUCUCCAGACUCCAGGCUCCUAAAAAGUUUGCAGACUUUGUUCUUGGAGGAAGCCACUUGUCACCGGAAGAAAUUAGUCUUCAUGAAGAACAGUACGGCCUUGGGGGUGCCUUCUUGGAAGAGCAGCUCUUUAACCUGGGGACUGCUAACAGUCUACCUACACGUUGACUGCAUUCUGGACCAGGAAGUGUGUAAGAGCCAAGGAUCCUUUUAAAGUUCUAGGGAACGGUGGCAAAAGAAUUUGCUAUGGAGAAAAAUUAAGUCACACUGGACAGGAAAACUAAACUGUAUUGAAGAUAACUGAUCAUCUUUGGCCAGUUCUGCUAUUUAUUGUACUGGAGGUGGCCACCAAGAUUCUAUGACUGCCAUAACUACUUUCCUUGAAUGAAGAUUUUCAUUAGGAACAAGGGAAUUGUGUUUAUCUUCAAGGGGCCAGUAGGCAGGAACAGGUGCCUUGUCAGGGCAUUAAAUCUUCUCAAUCCCUAGAACCUGUGUCACAAGACACUACAUUGACCUUCCUAAAUAUUAUCAAUGUAAGUGCUGGCAGAGACUGAGAUAUGCUGGACUAGUGUUUUCCAACCUACUGUCCACAGGUGCUAAUAAGCAUUAGUCAGUAAAGGGAUUCUGAGGUCAACUAAGAUUGACACAAAGUUAAACAAAAGUACUGCAGGACUUCUCAGAACCUUUACUAAUGCUAAUUAACAUUAUGAAUCUAAAGAGGAGAAAUUGUGUGUAGCAGUUUCUGACUUAAUUUGACCACAGAACCAUUUUUCAGAUUAAUAUUCCUUGGCACAUAUGCUGAGAAAAUGCUAAUGAUGGAGGAGUUGAGGUUUGGGGAGGUUAAACCACCUGUUCAAAAACAAUAAAGCUGUUUAAAGGCAGCCCUAGCAACUUGUUGAAGACCAUAAAGCUAUUUAAAGGCAGCACUGGGACUGGAGCUUCAGUCCUAGCCUUUCCUAUGACUCAGGUAAAAGAGACCUUUAAAGGCAAGCCAAGAGGUCAUCUCCCUACAGCCUUGGGUCUCACAGUAUUGGUGACUUUUUUUAAAAUAAUGGCCAACUAGCUGUUUAGUAACUGUGAUGAAGGGGAACAUUUCCUAAGAUUAUAUUUUAAAGUUUUGAUAAGACUUUUAUAGACAUAUAAUCAGGAUUAGAAAUUAGAAUUACUUUUUGUAUUUUUUUGUGUGUUGAAAUUGAAGGCAUUUAAUCUCUUGUGACAUUUUGAGUUGACUCGUUCAUUUUUUAAAAUUUGUUUAGUUUUAUAUGUUGGUAACAAUUUCCUACAAAACAUAUUUGUGAUCUUUCAUACAGAGAACAAAUCUGUUGCUCUUGGUUCAUCAUAUGUAACUUCAGAGUGAAAUGAGAGACUAACUGUGAGCUUUGACCCUGAGCAAAGGAGGCCUAACCAUAGGUCUAAGAAAAGAUCUGGACAUGGUAAAACAAUCCAAGCGUUCAAGAUGUUGCUAAAUUGGUUCUAAGAAUCAAACUUCUGCUUCUUUGCUGUGAUGGGACCAUAAAGAACAGAGGCAUAGAGAAUGAGCAGUCUUUUACUGGAAGAGAGGUUGCAGCGGUGAGACUUGUAGAGAAUUUAGGCACUGCUUUCCUGAGCCAGAUUUAGUAGAGUUGUUCUAAAUUGUUGAAUAAUAGUGCAUCUACCCAUUUGAAACUUUCUAGAUUGGUUUUCAGAUGAUACUUCUUCUUUAAGCAGUGUGUCAAUGUUUCAUAGGUCUGUUUUUGCCAGACCCUUUUAGUAUUAGAAGCUCUGUUAUUUUUGUGAAAUGCACUAAAUUCAAUCUGUGCAUUCACAUAGCCUCUGAUUUUAAAAAUCAGAGUCUUCCAUUCAAAUUUAUGAUGGUGAUGUUUUAUAAGUGUAAACAAUUCUAACAUCAUUUUUGUUAUAGUUCAAUCUGAUUUUUUAUGAUUAUAUUUAUUGGUGACACAUAAAUGUAUCAGGUACAUCAGUGGUUGUGCUCACCAUGUUCCUCUCCCAAGAGGCAGUCUGUGUCCUACAAAAUGUGUGGGACUAACAUGUGAAGAGUCUGUGGAGUCCCCAGGAGACAUCCCCCCAGGACAGUCACUAGGCCUUACCCGUGCCAAGGGUAAAGAGAUGCUGACCAAGCUGGGAGUAACCAUCACAAAAACAGCUCAAGAAGGGGAAAUAGAGCAACAGUCUUCCAGGAUGUUGUUUUUCAUGUUGUUGUUUUUUUAGAGGAAAUCAUGGAUUUGUCAGUGUCUGUUAUUUGAGUACUGUGAAAAGUUAAACCAUUAAAAACAUUUCUUGUAAUAUA